AGUUGUCAGUUGUGAAUGUCAGCUGUUUGUAUGCCGGCUACGUUCCACAGCAAUCGUUUAUUUACGUUGACUCUAGUAGAUAACAACGCAUUUUCACAGUGAUUUAUAAUAAAUAGUAUUGAAUUUCAUUAUGCAACAAAACGGCCAAUUGCAGCAACCCGACGACACACAGAGAAAUGCACUGAAUUAUCAAUUUUCCCCGGAAGAGUUGCGAGUCCUUCGUGAAUGUAAUCGAGAAUCCUUCUUUCAACGAUCCCUACCGUUGGGGACGGUUAUGGGAAUUGGUGCGUGGUACGCGGUGCAUAAUAAGUUUCUGAAGCCAAGUGUACGGUUCGGUCCUGCCCCAAAGAUAUUGGUUGGCGUUACGCUUGGAUACUUCAUCGGAAAGAUAAGCUACCAGAGCAAAUGUGCCGAAAAGAUUUUGCAGCUGCCCAACUCUCGAUUGGCAGAUUUGAUGCGUCAACGUCGUCAGGGAACAACGGGAAUGGCCGAUAAGUUUCUUCCUGAUCAAGGAUUCGGCGCUUCAAGCAUGCUGACUCCCUUUGAAACAAGCCCGGCACGUGAACGACAAGCUGACGAGUCAUUCCUGAGUAACGGUUCGCUGAACCUGUACUACGAUGGUCCGCAAUACUCUGGACUGGAUGAUAGUGGCCGUCCGACUGUUGAUUCUACCACCAAUUUCGAGGAGGAUCUUCAGUUGCCACUCGCACCGAAGGCAUCCAAAAGCUACGAGGAACUGCGACGUCAGAAUCGCGAAGAAUAUCUUAAGCGCCAGCAGCAACCAUACCGCCCAGCAACGGUUCUUGAAGAUAGUCCACCAAUCCGACGCGAAGCAGAACGACGUGGUGGUAUGACUUCGGAGGAAGCUGCGAUUCCUCCAGGUCCACCACCCGUGAAAAACAAGUACGGUGAUGCUUGGUCACAAUAGAUAGUAGUCUGUCCAAGUAUUACGUCGGUCCUUUUGGAAAGCUUAGUAGAGGAAAAGAGUCUUAAAUAUACACUUAAAGCUUAGUGAAACUAAUAUGCCGGGU